AGCCACUGGAUUGGCUUUGACUCUAACAGCAAUGGUCACUGGAUCUACUGGGAGGAUACCUGCAGAGUAAGAGUUGAGCACAGUGUAAGGUUUGAUGAAAGAGAAGUUUACAUACCAGUUAGCACACUGCUUGUGGGAGAGCAGCAACCAUAA